CUAGAAUAUUUUUUAAAUUUUUCCGACCGGGGCCGAUGCUAGUGAUAUGAAAGUAGGUUGAUUCUUUUAAAAAAAGGAGCGUGUAAGUAACCGUAGAAAUGAAAAUAAGGAAAAAUCCAAUUUGCAAUAAUCAUCAUUUUCCACCGCGCCAUCAAGUAGCUGUGACCAGUUAUGUCAGCGGGCAGGAGUCCAGCUGUCCUUCCGAUUGCCAAAGGAUAAAAAAGAAUAGGGUUGCAGUUGCAGAGGAGCCGGGAAAGGGUAAAAAAACUCAUCCGGAAACAGCCAGAUAUGAUAAUGAUAAUGAUGAUGAUGAGAUAUCGAUCACAUGAUCGAUAAUAAUCCUCAUCUCCGGCGAAUCAAAACAAUCGGAGCCCAUCCCCGGCAUUUACCCAUCAUCCCUAGCCUAACCCUAACGAUCCAAACAAAGCUCCACACGUAAUCGGAAAGCUACCCCACCUGGGGGUUCCUUUUUUUGCUUGUUUUUCUUGCGUCAGUUUUUGUCCACUCUCCAAUUCCUUACCCCAAUCUCUCGUCCAUCGAAUCGGUUACAAACUUUGGUGGCAAUCUCAUUGAUUGCGGCUCACGGCUUGGUGCCAGAUUCCUUAUUCUAUUUCCAUCGGCUUCUCUCUCUCUCAAUCUACUCUCCGCCCCUGAGAAAUCGGAAGUCUCUAGUCCUCCCGCCUUCCGUUCACCUGGCAUUUACUCGGCGGUCUACUGCGUGUUCUCUCUCCUUUUCUGGGUUUGGCUCUCUAUUUCAUCUCUAGCUUUUCGCCCAAUCGAUUGCCUUUUCUUAUUCAGAUUCUUGGAGAGGGGUUUCCCCAAUUUACUCUCGGAUCUAUUGGGCGGGUCGCAAGUUUUCUUGCGCAAUACGCGAAAGCUGAUGCUUAUUUGUGAGUUCCCUUUCUUCCCCUCAAUCUCAUUCUCUACGAGCGUAUUCGUUUCAUCUUUACUGGCGUUUUCGGUUGACAAAGUCUUUGUUUUCCCCCUGGGUAUUAGCCUGUGAAUGUUCCCCUCUUUGUAAUGCAACGUCGCCAGUGAAUAUAAUUGCUUGUGGGGAAGAGUUGAUCGCUUUCAUGGUUUCGUUUGGGAAUAAAUGCGGAAUGGGUUUACGAUUUGAUUCGAUGACACUUGUGCAGAUUGAGUUUGGGACAAAUUUAAUUGAUUUGGUUGCUAGUUUUGAAAGAGCUUUCUGGGUUCUUUUGUUUUGAUGGAGACUGGCAAGCUCUGCGGAGGUGGACGAAGUUGUUUGAUGAAUUCAUUGAUGAUUGGUGUCUCGUCUUUUUCCUCUGCCCUUUUGUUUAUAUGUUUUCAGCUCUUCCGAGAGAAACACAUUUGUUCAUCUGUGUCUUGCGCAUUAUUUAUGGCCUUUGUUUCAAAGCUCUCAAUUGUUUAGAAAAGAAACGAAAUUGUUGUUAGGUUCGUUCAGUUACAUUGCAAUGUCAUGGUGUCCAUAGGAAUAUGAAGUUUUCCUGUCUGCUGCAACUUUGUUCAGCUUCUGUGAUUCUAGUUUCUAGAAUAUGACUUUUCCAGUGUCACCCUUAUGUUAUUACUGUAUUCGCAUGUUGAAAACAGUUGCUUUCGGGCUGCUCAAUCUGUUCCUAAUGCCCUUCACAGUUUUCUUUUAUAAUUUUCUUGUGUAACAUUGUCGUGCUGGUUUAGGCUAUUACAUCCCAUUUAAAUUGACUUGGCCAAUGCUUUCAUGUCAGUCAGGGAAGCAUCCAAAGGAUAGCAGCAAUACGUUAGGAGACAGUACAACAAGUAAUAUCUAUUCAUAUAAUAACGUAUAUGAUUUGACUGGCCAUGGUGACUAUGCCGAAAGAGACAGUUAUGGCAAUUGAGGCCUACCGUAGUCAGGCUAAAUUGCUGGUUAAGAGUUACUUAUUUGCAGAUCCUUUUGUUCCAUACACUUCUGUCCUUGGCGGUGUAGUUGCUUGCAAAGUGGUAUAUGAUCUAACUCAGUUGAUUAGCACGUUUUACAUCAAGGCCUACACUGGGCUGACGAAGAUACAAAGAAUUGAAUGGAACAAUCGGGGGAUGUCUUCAUUACACGCCAUCUUUAUAACAGCUUUGUCGUUGUACUUUGUAUUCUGGUCUGAUCUUUUUUCUGACAAAGUGCAUACUGGUUAUGUCACUCUACGAAGCUCACCGUUAUCCAUAUUUGGACUGGCAGUUUCUGUUGGAUACUUCCUUGCAGAUCUUGGGAUGAUUUUAUGGUUUUAUCCUUCUUUAGGUGGAAUGGAAUAUGUUGUUCAUCACUGUCUUUCUGCAAUAGCGGUUGCAUAUUCUAUGUUGUCCGGAGAAGGGCAGCUGUAUACAUACAUGUGCCUCAUAUCUGAAGUCACCACGCCAGAGAUAAACAUGAGAUGGUAUCUUGACAUAUCAGGUAUGAAGCGGUCAACUGCUUAUCUUGUAAAUGGUGUACUGAUAUUCCUCUUUUGGCUGAUUGCCAGAGUGAUGCUAUUCUUUUACAUCUUCUAUCACAUCAACAUGCACUUUGAUCAGGUUCUCCAGAUGAGAUGGUUUGGAUGCAUGGUGGUUGUGAUGGUGCCCUCAUCGUUGUUUAUAAUGAACUUGAUGUGGUUUGCCAAGAUCAUCAAGGGCUUGAUGAAAACUCUAGCCAAGAGGCAGUGAAACAUACCAGAGACAAACAGAGACGGUAUAUAAUUCCAUCUUCAGGGUCAUGAUAGUCAUUUGGACGUGUGCAGGCACAGACUAGAGGUAUUUUACAGAGGGGUAAAAGUGAUGGUAGUCGGCAGUAAUUAGGUUUUACAUUAAUUAGAGCCAGGGUGGGGGAUUGGAAAUGGAUGGUUGUAUAUUAUGUAUGUUUCAACAAUGUCGCUCUUUGUUCCUUCCUACCUCUCAAGGGCUAAACACCCUUUCCAACAGUUGCCCACGUUAAGUUUCUUCCCUGAUAUGUAUUCUGGAGUUUGAAGGGAAGAGUGGAGCAUAUUUACUGGGGUAUAUGGCACAAAGGUGCUAUCUUUCUCUCUUUCACUUGGUCUCUUACGUUGUUUCUGGCCUGAGACGCUGGUUAACAUAAUUACUGUCUUCUAAUCAUACUUAAGGAAAAUGCCUAACUCCUAACUCCUGAGGUAGGCAGUACCAUAAUGCAACAGAAACUGGUAUUAACCAAUAGUUGUGAAACUGCACUGGAGGUUGUAACGGAAGAGUCGGUGGUAAUGUAUUUUGUGAUAAAACACGGAUUUAAUC